GCCGGAUAUCCUCGGCCUGCCUCGCCAAUGGAGCAGUAGGAGUUGGAGAGAGAGAGAGAGAGAGAGAGAGAGAGAGGGAGGGGGUAAUUAAUUCAUGCAUUGACUCAUUCCAUAUCUGGCUGUGAUGCUGCGUUUCCAAUGCAUGCACUACGCUGCAACCCAUCCACCCGUCGAUUAGAGCAAGGGGGAAGCGAUACAAAGAACAAAGGGAACAAGCCAACCUCUCACCUUCCUCUCUCCUCCUCCAUUUGUCUCCCCCUCUCCCUUCUUCUGCUUCAUGGGAGUGCAGGUGCACUUCUCUUGGCGCUGACAGAGAAAAUGAGACCCGCGACGGCCUCCCUCUCGCUGCUGCUGCUGCUGUUGUUGUUGCUGUUCUGCGGCGCAGAUGCGUACGAUCCGAUGGACCCCGACGGCAACAUCACGAUCAAGUGGGAUUUCAUGACCAACUCCGGGGACAUGUACAUGGUUUCGGUAAGCAUAUAUAAUUACCAGCUGUAUCGGCACAUCGAGAGACCUGGUUGGAGAUUAGGUUGGACAUGGCCUAAUGAUGAAGUGAUUUGGGAUAUGCGGGGAGCCGAAACUACCAAUCAAGGAAACUGCUCCAAGUUCAAGGGUGACAACAUCCCCCACUGCUGCGAGAAGAGCCCCACCAUUGUGGAUUUGCUGCCAGGAACACCCUACAACAUGCAAACCAAGAACUGCUGCAGGGGAGGUGUGUUGUCUUCACUCGCCCAGGACCGAACACUGGCCAUGGCCUCCUUCCAGAUGUCCAUGGAGUCUGCUAACAUCAGCAGUCCCGCCACCGGGAAGCCAUCAAACUUCACCCUCGGGAUACCUGGUUAUACUUGCAGCAAUGCCACUGUUGUGGCACCCAGCAAGUUCCAGUUCGACAAGCAACGCACCACCCAGGCACUGAUGACAUGGGAAAUCACCUGUUCCUUCUCCCAAUUCAGGGAAUCUGAAACGCCCAGCUGCUGCGUUUCUUUGUCGACGUUCUACAACAGUACCAUAGUCUCAUGCCCUCGUUGUAGCUGUGGGUGCCAAGGAGAACCGACAUUACCCACUUGCUCGAGGGAUGGCGAGCAAUCGAAUUUUCUUCGGUUGCCAAACGGCGAUGGUGGCUCGACGACAAGCCCGGCUGUCUUGUGCACGCCGCACAUGUGCCCCAUUCGCGUGCACUGGCACGUGAAGGAGAGCUACAGAGAGUACUGGCGAGUGAAGGUGACGAUCACCAACUUCAACAUGUACAGCAACUACAGCGACUGGAAUUUGGUGAUACAGCAUCCCAACUUUCGGAGCAUACUACAAAUCUUCAGCUUCAACUACCUGCCUCUCGUCCAGUAUGGCGAGAUCAAUGAUACCGCGAUGUUUUGGGGCAUCAAGCAUUACAAUGACAUGUUGAUUCAGUGCGGCGAGAACGGGAAUGUGCAGACCGAGAUGCUGCUGCACAAAGACGCUGCAGACUUUACCUUCGGUGGAGGCUGGGCUUUCCCGAGGAGGCUAUCGUUCAAUGGACAUGAUUGUGUCAUGCCGCCGCCGGAUUCGUACCCGACGCUGCCCAACGGAAGCUCCACGUUGUCCUCUCUGGUUCAUUGUGUCUCCCUGGUUCUCUCGUCGUUCUUGUUGUCUGUAGUCUUGCUGCUCUUGUAAUCCCAUUUGAAUGGUUUUGGA